GGCAUGUAUUCUGAUAUCUAAUCUUGGUUACAUUGGAGUGACUUUUAUUUAUCAAUAACAUUUUUAUUUGAAGACUCAGUACAUAUUAUCGCGUACUUCAACAGAGUUGCUAGUAUAGUUUUCUGAAAGUUGCCACCUUGCGUUUGCAACUUUUAAAUGAAAAAUUCUUAUUAGAUCGUAUUUACUACCGAAAAUUUUACGAAAAAUAUAAAAGUGCAAUUUACAAUUACUCUGUUUGUGCCAGUUUAUGUGAAUUUGUCGUAGUUAUAAAAGGACACUGUAUUGAUUUUGUCAAUCAGUUUGACGCAUGCGCUCAUUGGGUGCCGUAAAAAAGGGUUGGCCAACAUUCCGAACAGUGUCGUUCCGGUCGCCGUUGUCGUGGUGUCGGUGAAGUUAGUGGUGGAAUUUUUACGUGUAUAACAUCAAAAAAUGGCGUCUGGUGUGACAGUUUCGGACGCGUGCAAAACGACGUACGAGGAGAUCAAGAAAGACAAGAAGCACCGCUACGUGGUGUUCUACAUCAGGGAUGAGAAACAAAUUGACGUAGAGACCGUCGGAGAACGCAACGCGGAAUACGAUCAGUUCCUUGAGGAUCUGCAGAAGGGUGGCACUGGAGAGUGCAGAUAUGGCCUCUUCGAUUUCGAGUACACGCACCAGUGCCAAGGCACGUCGGAGGCCAGUAAGAAACAGAAGCUCUUCCUCAUGUCAUGGUGCCCCGACACCGCUAAGGUUAAGAAGAAGAUGUUGUACUCCAGCUCUUUCGACGCACUGAAGAAGUCGCUGGUCGGCGUUCAGAAGUACAUCCAGGCGACCGACCUCUCGGAGGCCUCGCAGGAGGCUGUUGAAGAGAAGCUGCGCGCCACCGACCGCCAAUAAGUCAGCAUUUAUCGCCACGACCGACGUGCGGUGCACCGCGACUCCUACGGAAACAACCUUAACCGCCACAGCCCGUCCUCAUGCAGUAACACACCGCACGAGCAGUGUGCCACUACACGAGGCCUCACGCUGUGGCCUUAGUCAGUAUUGUCAGGCACAGCUCGCGGUGCGACCCACAGUUUCGCAUGGGUUUUUUUUAUAUAUCGUUUCAAUCCUUAAGCUUUUGCAGUCGAUUCUACUCCGGAGCGGCCUCACCGGUCAGUCGGUAGUCGGAACUCUGUACAGUUAACUGUAACCCAUGGCCGACUCCGCGACAGCCUCUAUAAGCAAUUAAGGAAUCUUUAUGUAAUAAUUUAAAUUAUACUAAUUAUUAUAUAUAUUUUUUCCUAUAAUUAACUAAAGAGUAAGUUAGCUCAAACUAAAUUUAAAUACAGCGUACGCGUCGAUCUUUUUUUAAAUGUAAUAAUAAAACUGGUUAGCGAACGCCGGUCGGCUUUUAUAAUAUUUAGUUAAUAUAAAUAAUGUACGAUUUUAUACGGUCACCUAGUUUCGUUUGAGAUUCAUCUUGCUAAGGAUGUAAGCUUUUGAGCUGCGGCUCGAUACAUGGCGGGCGUUGGAUAAGUAUUUUGUAACCGAUUUAUCCAGAAAUACACUCGAUAUAAGAGAACA